AUGCAACCACCCAAGGCGGCGCGUGACGGGGCGAACGCAGCAACAAUCUUCCCGCCAGCAUCCUCGUCGUCGUCGUCGUCGUCGUCGUCGUUCACGACGGUGCCCUCCUCGAACUCUUCCUGCGCGGAUGCGAAGCUGGAUCUGCUGCUGAACGUUGAGACGCUGCAAACCUUGUUUCAGGAUGUGGAACCAACGAAGGAGCCCGUGCUCACACGGCAGCCGGAUGUCUUGCGGAUUCAAUAUACUAAAGAUUUUGACCGUGUUAUGGGUCUAUAUCGAAGCCUUAGCCCGAAGUUUAGUGGCGUUCUCCGCGCUGCGCCGUCGGCGAGGUGGUUUCUGCUGACGGCCUUUGUGCUGCGCCAGUGCCAAUCACACUACACUGCGUGGAAGGACCGUCGCGACGUUGUCAUGGGGUCCGCGCGCCUCCAAGGCUCCACGCGGGAAAGCCUGCUGGCGGAAUGGGGAAACUGUUGCGGCUCCCGCGCCGGAACCGACCCCCGCUGGAAGGAGCUGAUGCCGAUUGUGGAGAGCUGGCUACCGGCCGAGGCAGACCUGAAAGGGCCCACCGGCGCGUUCAGCGUGUGGCGGGCGGUGCUAUGGGAGUUGAGGGCCAUAGAGGGCUUUAAUUUGAGAAAUCACAAAAACUUCCAGGUGUGGCAUCACCGAAAGGAACUGCUGCUGGAAGCCCUUGCCCGGACCGAGUCCCCGCCCCGCAGCUCAGUUAUUGCCUCUCUGAAACUCCUCGAUCGCUAUCUGACGCAGCAUCACAACAUGUGUUUCUCGGACAUUGACGAACGACCUCUUUGCAGUAAUGUAUUUAUACUUGACCAUAAAAACUAUCACGUAUGGCUGCAUCGAGCCUGGUUUGUGCACACCUUUCCGUUUCUCGUUCAGCCCCCAUCGUGGCCGGCGCUGCUCGACGACUGUACCGUAAGGACCGGCCAGCCCGAGAAGAGCACAACGCCUCUGCGACCAUUUGCAGUGCAGGAAAGCUGGGGGGAAGAGUGCCUGGCCCCACAACUCCCCCCGUGCGGCCUGAAGGAGGAGUUAGACUACACCGCAUCCCUUAUUCAGUGGGAUUGCCUCAACAAUUCGGUGUGGUGUCACCGUUUCUACUUGUUUGACCGCGACCUUAUUGGGGCCUCCUUGCAAACGUGCUCAUCGCAGUCUCCGGCGGACGUGGAUGCGGUGCUGCGGCACUUGUGCCUCGACGAGAUGCAUUACGCGCUACAGUGGUGUGUCUAUGAGCCAUGCAAUGAGUCUUCGUUUGUUCACGCCCGGGGGAUUGCAAGCGUCUAUCAGGCCGCAGCGCUUCGGCUUUAUCUCUCCAGCAACGCGGCAGAAGCGCACAACUUCCUCGGCGACACAGUGCCCAUUUCAUCCAUGGCACCUGUACCGUCGCAUUACAAGUGCUUAAAAGAGAAGGUGCCGUGGGAUGUGUUUCUGCGGACCUUUUCUCUUGUCAAGCAGCAACUUUCUGUGCUGAGGGACAAUGUCGCCCCGCGUGCUGAAGAGCUCCGCAGAAGCGCGUCCGCGGGUGACGAGGCGUCGCUGCGGGAAAUGCGCCGUUGCCGCUCCCAGUAUCUUGUGGACAAUGUGCACCAGGUAUAUGCGGCAAGUUAUCACCUGCUCUUCAUGCUGCUCGAGCAGCUUUGGUGCUGUUACUUCACAGACGCGGAACGAAGCCGGGUGGGGGAGGCGCUGCCGCCCGAGAAGUACACGGAGGGGGACGAAGCAGCUGCGGAAGCCGUAGCAAAGCAGUCGUUGCACGACUGCGUCAGAUGCUUUUUGGAACAUGAGCUGCAGGCAAUGGGGCUGGCACGGCGUCUAGUGGUGGAGGAUGCCAUCCGCUCGAAGUACUGGAAGAAUGAAAUAAACCUCGUGAUGCACAGGGACUACUGCUAA